GAGUCUCGCAUUACUAGAUCCCAUUCGCAACCACAUCCGCCCUAGAGGCAUAGAAAAUCAAUACAAACAUUUCUCUGUCUCUCUCCCCUUCUCCCUCCGAUUCCGUCGCGGCCGACGAUCUCCGGUAGGAUGGAGAGCCUGUGGCGAGCGGCGACUGGCCAAGAUCCGAGUCCGGAUGAUUACAAAGGCGUUGAAUUCUGGACCAGCCCCGAGCGCGCUGGCUGGCUCAACAAGCAGGGCGAAUAUCUCAAAACCUGGCGUCGCCGAUGGUUCGUUCUGAAACAAGGUAAACUCUUCUGGUUUAAGGACUCUAUCGUUACUCGUGCCUCCAUUCCACGCGGCGUCAUCCCUGUCAACACCUGCCUCACCGUCAAGGGCGCCGAGGAUAUCCUCCAUAAGCCCUGCGCCUUCGAGCUCUCCACCACCGGUCAUGACACUAUGUACUUCAUCGCUGAGUCGGAGCGCGAAAAGGAGGAGUGGAUCAAUUCGAUCGGUCGCUCGAUAGUUCAGAAUUCUCGAUCGGUUACCGAAUCUGAAGUCGUUGAUUACGAUAACAGGCGAUGAUUCCGAUGUUGAAGACUUCUUCGUCCUUCACUUUCUCUAUGUACAGUAACGAGGCGAGAUUUAGUCUCGGAUGGUUGCGAGAUGAAUACCUUUUGUCGAAUUGGUACUAUCGAUCUCUGUUUCCUUCUUUCAUGUUGUUAAAAUUAUGGUGAUGAUGUGAAUCGAACUGAAUCUCCUCUACUUCGUUUUCUCCUUGGUUCCAAAACUUCUAUCAGGCAGACGAUCAUCCUUGCUCGUUUUUUUCUUUGUGUAUUUGAUCUCCAAUUACCGUAGUGUGUUUAAAUUCUGGUUUAGUAUAUACUGAUUAAUGACGUUUUUUCUCA